AUGGAUUUGCAAGCCCUCCGCCUAAACGCGGGCAUCACCAAGUCAACGAAUCGUCAAGGCCGCAGACCAGGCAAAUCAGCCUGCACGGCUUGCCACAGUCGCAAAAAGCGAUGUGACGCCGCCCCGCCACAUUACCAGUGUUCUUUCUGCACCAAGGAGGGCCAAUUAUGUAUACCACGCGAUCCCGUGGACAGGCCUGCCCGUCAUCGAAUCCCCAAUCGCACAUCCAAUGCCAAAAUCAACCUGGCCACCACGAUAAAUAAGCAACAAGAAAAAGAAAAGGACACAUCUUUGCCACCUGGCAUUGAUCAUGAGAUCCCGCGCUGGAGCGCAAUGUACUCGUUUUUUUCGGAGAUGCAGCGGCUCUUACCGCCAUCGCCAAGCCCGUCCCUUUCGCCAGAACUCGAAGAUGACGAUCCACCUGCACCGGGUGGUUCAGGCGAAAUGGAGGAAGAGAGGCGAGUGCCUGAGCGCGAGGCUGAAUUCGCGAAGAAUCACACACAUAACCCGUUGAAUGAUGACUCUGUUGGGGAGAGUCAUUUCAAGGGAAUUAGCAUGCCUGCUUCACAGACUAGGAGUGCGUCUCCGUCGUCUCAGGGGCAGAUAGAAUCGAGGCUGAGGUCGAGGUCGAGGCCAGGUGCGGUGGAAUCUUCACAUGGUCAGGGCUCAUCGGGGCACGUUGAGAAUGGGAGGGGUUUCAACGCCCAUGGUGAUGUCUUUAUGAAUGAUCUGGAUUCUUUGCUUAGGUUUUGA